AUAUUAAUGGCCAUGAGUUCUUUCUUGAUCAACUCGAACUAUGUGGAUCCCAAAUUCCCACCAUGCGAAGAAUAUUCGCAGCACGAUUACCUUCCCAGUCACUCUCCGGAAUAUUUCAGCGGCCAGAGGCGAGAGGAGAACUCUUUCCAACACGAGGCGUCGUACCCAGCGCGGUCCGCCUGUAACCAACCAACCUAUCCUCCGUGUCGGGGCUCCGGCCACCAGCCAGCGGUCCUCUCUCCCAGGAGCCAGCAGGUCCACGCGCCGGCUGGACUUCCCAACCACCUCUCCGAACCGAGCCACCCGUGCGAAUCCAUCACGCCAAGCCCACCGCCUUCCUGUAGCCAAAACGCGCUCAACCAAAGCCCUUCCUCUUGCAAAGAGCCGGUAGUUUAUCCUUGGAUGAAGAAGGUUCAUGUUAGCACGGUCAACCCCAACUACACGGGAGGGGAGCCGAAACGGUCCCGGACGGCCUACACCCGGCAGCAAGUGCUGGAGCUGGAGAAGGAAUUCCACUACAACCGCUACCUCACCCGGAGGCGACGGGUGGAAAUCGCCCACUCCCUUUGCUUGUCCGAGCGCCAGAUCAAGAUUUGGUUUCAGAACCGGAGGAUGAAGUGGAAAAAAGACCACAAACUGCCCAAUACCAAGAUCCGGUCUAACGCCGGGGCCAGUCUGCCGGCCCCAGGAGCGCCCCAGGAUCGAACCAAUGGACCAACCCCCAAUCCUACAACCAGUCUAUAA